UUAGUAGAGACGAGGUUUCACCGUGUUAGCCACGAUGGUCUCGAUCUCCUGACCUCGUGAUCCGCCCGCCUUGGCCUCCCAAAGUGCUGGCUGGGAUUACAGGCGUGAGCCACUGCUCCCGGCUAAAAUAUUUAACAAUUACUUAAUAGCAUGAAAUACACGAGGCGUCCUUCCGAGGGUGUGUUAGCGUCUCUCCUACGGCGGACGCCCGCCUAGCCCGGUGGUCCCAAGCCCCUGCGGGAGCUGCACACGCCCCGGAAACCUGGGACAGAGACUGGGUCCCUCUCCUUCCUGGUGGUGGGGACAGCACCUGCUCAGAUCUGGUCGGACGCCGCCGGCCGGGCGGAGAAGGAGCUCACCGGCGCUGGGGACUGGAACCUGGAGCCCCUUCCCCUACCGCACGUACGCCCCGCCCCGCCCCGCGCACGCCCGCGCCUGGCGCAGCUUCACUCCGGGUGGUUCCUGUCCUCCAGCGGGUCCGAGGGCGCUGGAAACCCAGCGGCGGCGAAGCGGAGAGGAGCCCCGCGCGUCUCCGCCCACACGGCUCCAGGUCUGGGGUCUGCGCUGGAGCCGCGCGGGGAGAGGCCGUCUCUGCGACCGCCGCGCCUGCUCCCGACCGUCCGGGUCCGCGGCCAGCCCGGCCACCAGCCAUGGGCUCUGGCCCGCUCUCGCUGCCCGUGGCGCUGUCGCCCCCGCGGCUGCUACUGCUGCUGCUGCUGUCUCUGCUGCCAGUGGCCAGGGCCUCAGAGGCUGAGCACCGUCUAUUUGAGCGGCUGUUUGAAGAUUACAAUGAGAUCAUCCGGCCUGUGGCCAACGUGUCCGACCCAGUCAUCAUCCAUUUCGAGGUGUCCAUGUCUCAGCUGGUGAAGGUGGAUGAAGUAAACCAGAUCAUGGAGACCAACCUGUGGCUCAAGCAAAUCUGGAAUGACUACAAGCUGAAGUGGAACCCCUCUGACUACGGUGGGGCGGAGUUCAUGCGUGUCCCUGCACAGAAGAUCUGGAAGCCAGACAUCGUGCUGUACAACAAUGCUGUUGGGGAUUUCCAGGUGGACGACAAGACCAAAGCCUUACUCAAGUACACUGGGGAGGUGACUUGGAUACCUCCGGCCAUCUUUAAGAGCUCCUGCAAAAUCGACGUGACCUACUUCCCGUUUGAUUACCAAAACUGUACCAUGAAGUUCGGUUCCUGGUCCUACGAUAAGGCGAAAAUCGAUCUGGUCCUGAUCGGCUCUUCCAUGAACCUCAAGGACUAUUGGGAGAGCGGCGAGUGGGCCAUCAUCAAAGCCCCAGGCUACAAACACGACAUCAAGUACAACUGCUGCGAGGAGAUCUACCCCGACAUCACAUACUCGCUAUACAUCCGGCGCCUGCCCUUGUUCUACACCAUCAACCUCAUCAUCCCCUGCCUGCUCAUCUCCUUCCUCACUGUGCUCGUCUUCUACCUGCCCUCUGACUGCGGCGAGAAGGUGACCCUGUGCAUUUCUGUCCUCCUCUCCCUGACAGUGUUUCUCCUGGUGAUCACUGAGACCAUCCCUUCCACCUCGCUGGUCAUCCCCCUGAUCGGAGAGUACCUCCUGUUCACCAUGAUUUUCGUAACAUUGUCCAUCGUCAUCACCGUCUUCGUGCUCAACGUGCACUACAGAACCCCGACGACACACACAAUGCCCUCAUGGGUAAAGACCGUAUUCUUGAACCUGCUCCCCAGGGUCAUGUUCAUGACCAGGCCAACAAGCAACGAGGGCAACGCUCAGAAGCCGAGGCCCCUCUACGGUGCCGAGCUCUCAAAUCUGAAUUGCUUCAGCCGCACAGAGUCCAAAGGCUGCAAGGAGGGCUACCCCUGCCAGGACGGGAUGUGUGGUUACUGCCACCACCGCAGGAUAAAAAUCUCCAAUUUCAGUGCUAACCUCACGAGAAGCUCUAGUUCUGAAUCUGUUGAUGCUGUGCUGUCCCUCUCUGCUUUGUCACCAGAAAUCAAAGAAGCCAUCCAAAGUGUCAAGUAUAUUGCUGAAAAUAUGAAAGCACAAAAUGAAGCCAAAGAGAUUCAAGAUGAUUGGAAGUAUGUUGCCAUGGUGAUUGAUCGUAUUUUUCUGUGGGUUUUCACCCUGGUGUGCAUUCUAGGGACAGCAGGAUUGUUUCUGCAACCCCUGAUGGCCAGGGAAGAUGCAUAAGCACUAAGCUGUGUGCCUGCCUGGGAGACUUCCUUGUGUCAGGGCAGGAGGAGGCGGCUUCCUAGUAGGAGCGUACUUUCUGUUAUCAAGCUACCAGCUUUGUUUUUGGCAUUUCGAGGUUUACUUAUUUUCCAGUUAUCUUGGAAUCAUGCAAAAAAAAUGUCAAGAGUAUUUAUUAUGGAUAAAUGAACAUUUAACUAGCCUUUUUGGUAUGGUAAAGAGAUGUCAAAAUGUGAUUCUGUGUGAUAUAGUAGUAUGCUAUGCUAUGGAAUAUACAUGUAAAAAUGUUUCCUUUUAGUUGUUGAGACAAAACUGUAUAGAAAAAUGUUCAGAAAUAUGAAAAGUCAUUCAUUUAUCACUACAGAUCUCCCAGUAAUUUUUCUUAUUUAGCCCAUAAUCUCUUUGAAGGUUUAUAUUAAUUCAGCAAUCCCCCCCUGUUACCCAUUUCUCACCAUGCAUUUCUCGUUCUUUACUGGGUCUAAAGGGCUAUGCCUCCAUUUCAGAGAACUUCAACUACUUCUCUUGCAUACUUCUAAAUUAUACCAUGAGAAAUCAUGCCUAGUUAUUCAUUGUUAAUAUAACUGUCUUAGUACACCAUAAACUGGGUGGAUUAUAAACAACAGAAAUUUCUCAGUUUUGGAGGUUGGGAGGUCCAAGGUCAAGGCACCAGCCAAUUUGGUGUCUGGUGCGGGUCCUCUUCCUCAAAGGGUACCUUCUAGCAGUGUCCUCACAUGACUGAAGGGACUAGCUACCUCUGUGGGGUCUAUUUUAUAAGUGCACUAACCCCAUUCAUGAGAGCAGAGCCCCCAUGGCCUAAUCACCUUUCCAAGGCCCCACCUUCUAUGUAAGACAAUCAUGCUGGGAUUAGGUUCCAACAUAUGAAUUUGGGGAGGACACAUCUGGACCACAGCAUGAACCUUUAGAACAGGGUUUCUCAGCCUUAGCACUAUGGACAUUUUGGGCUGGAUAAGUAUGUGUUGGUACAGAGUGGGGGUAUCCUAUGCAUUGUAGGAUCUUUAGCAGUACCCUAGCCUUGACGCACUAGAUGCCAGUGACAUACCCUGCUUCUUCACCAGUUACGAUAACCAAGAAUAUCUCCAUUGUUAACUGUCCCCUUAGGAGCAAAAUUGCCCCUGGUUGAGAAACAUUGCUUUAGACAAAUUGUUAAGAGUAUCAUGUACUACACUUCUGAAUCUUAACAUGAUCAUCAUCACUGACAUAUGAUUCACAGAGACUGUUUGAAUCUUGUCUCACUAGUUUUUCCUGUGCAAAAAUAAAAUGGACAGAAUUG